AUGUCUGACGCUGGAUCUGAAACCGCUUCCAACCCCCCCGCUGUCGAGGUCGAAGGUGCCGAGGUUGAGGUAGCCGAGAAAUCCGGUCCUCUUUCUGUCGAGGACGCUCUUCAACAAGUCAUCAAAACUGCUUUAGUUCACGAUGGUCUUGCCAGAGGCUUGAGAGAAUGUGCCAAAGCUCUUGACAAACGAGAGGCUCACUUGUGUGUCCUCGUCGAGACCGUCACUGAGGCCGAAUACCUCAAACUCAUUGAGGCUCUUUGUGCCGAGCACUCCAUCCAACUCAUCAAGGUCUCUGACGCCAAGGUCCUUGGUCAAUGGGCUGGUCUUGCCAAGAUCGACCGAGAGGGUAAACCCCGAAAGGUCGUUGGAUGCUCUUGUGUAGUUAUCACCAACUACGGACAAGACUCCCCCGCUCUCCAAGUCCUCCUCGAGUGUGAGUAA